CAAGCCCCACCGAAUUCACGAAAGCCUCUACCAAAGCAGGAUGAACCGCUUGGUUUCGUAGAGGUGUACACAGAUCACAUGUUAGAAGUGGACUAUGAAGAGGAGAAAGGCAUGAAAGCUUAUCGUGGUGAUGACAAUCACAUUAGGCUAUUUCGUCCAGAACUCAAUAUGGCUCGGAUGAGGAAAACAGCAGAGCGAAGCGCAUUCCCAGAUUUUGAUGGAAAUGAGUUACUGGAAUGCAUGAAGGAAUGGGUAAGCGAUAGUGAGAUGCAGACGUGCUACCUAUGUUGCUCUGUUUGA